ACUCAAGUAGUUGUGAAAGUACAGUGUGGGUAAGUGAAGUACAGUAGCAGGUGUGGGCCAUUGACAAAAACCUGGUUCUAUAAAGUUUUGUCUUAAGCAAAUGAGGACAUGUCAGUGCUGGGAAUGGCUCGGGUUUUUAGAGCAUGGUGCAAAUAACACCAGGUUGUGAUUUCAAUUUCUGCAUGGGCCAUUCACUUAAAAGUUGGACUUGAUGAUCAUUGUGAGUACCUUCUAACCCAGAAUAUUCUGUGAAUCUGUGAACAUGGCAAAAUAGACAGCACAUGAAAGAAAGUACCAAGCUUCAUUCUUCAUGAACAUGUACACUGGCAUGGCUUUAGAAAUUUAUUAGGGCACCUUACUGGGUAAAUAUUUUCUUAAGCCUUUUUGUUGCACAUACAGCACUUUGGAAAAUUCAGGGUUUGAUAUUGUCAUGUUAGGCAUCAGCUUCUUUUGGACAAAUAGCAUCUACAUAUAAGGGUAUAUUGGAUAAAUAAUAUUGAAAGUUGCAAGUGGAAGCAAACUUGUUUUGUUGGUUGUUUUUGUUUGGUUGGUGGUUUUUUUGUUUGUUUUUUGUUGUUGUUGUUGUUGUUUUGGGGUUUUGUUUUGUUUUGUUUUUUCUUUUUAUUACUCCUAUUUACCUAUAUGACCCUCAAAGAGCAUUUACUUUAAAAGUGGAUAUGAGUGAACAGGUUAGAUUUUAAGCUAUGUGUGUAAACUCCCAAGCAGAAACCCACAAGUAUUAUGGUUGAAGCCAUAAACAUAAGAGAUGGGGAAAAGUCCAGUUACCAUUUUCUAUCUGUCUGUAAUUUAAUUUUACUUUUUUAUUAUUUCUUUUUUAGUAGAGAAGCCUCGUCUCCUUCCUUAGGGAAAGACAGAGCAGACACAGUGAUCAUUGGAGGUGGUUGUGUUGGUGUGAGUCUAGCCUAUCACUUGGCUAAGGCUGGCUUGAAGGAUGUUGUUCUGCUGGAAAAAUCUGAGCUCACUGCAGGAUCUACCUGGCAUGCAGCUGGUUUAACAACUUACUUUCAUCCUGGAAUAAACCUGAAGAAAAUCCAUGCUUACAGUAUCAAACUCUAUGAGAAGCUGGAAGAAGAGACUGGACAGGCUGUGGGGUUUCAUCAGCCUGGCAGUAUCAGAAUUGCUUCAACCCCUACUAGGGUGGAUGAAUUCAAGUACCAGAUGACUCGUGCUGGUUGGCACCCAACAGAGCAAUAUUUAAUCACACCUGAGAAAGUGCAAGAGCUGUUUCCCUUAUUGAACAUGGAUAAGGUUUUAGCUGGCCUGUAUAACCCUGGAGAUGGUCAUAUUGAUCCUUAUUCUCUAACUAUGGCCUUGGCUGCAGGAGCCAGAAAAUAUGGUGCUCAACUGAAUUAUCCUGUGCAAGUGACUAAUCUGAACUCCCGAUCAGAUGGGACGUGGGAAGUUGAAACUCCACUUGGAACAAUUAAAGCAAAGAGAGUUGUGAAUGCUGCAGGCUUCUGGGCCCGUGACAUAGGCAAGAUGAUAGGCCUGCAGCACCCUCUCAUACCUGUUCAUCAUCAGUAUGUUGUAACAUCAACUAUACCUGAAGUGAAAGCCCUAAAAACAGAAUUGCCUGUGAUUCGUGACUUAGAAGGGUCAUAUUAUCUAAGGCAAGAAAGGGAUGGUCUUUUAUUUGGUCCAUACGAAAGUGAGGAGAAAAUGAAGCUGCAGGAGUCAUGGGUAACAAAUGGAGUUCCACCAGGUUUUGGGAAAGAACUUUUUGAGUCUGAUUUAGACCGAAUAAUGGAGCAUAUUGAGGCUGCCAUGGAAAUGGUCCCCAUUUUGAGAAAAGCAGACAUUGUAAACACAAUUUCAGGUCCUAUCACCUAUUCUCCAGACAUUCUUCCCAUGGUGGGACCACAUCAGGGUGUCAGAAAUUACUGGGUAGCUAUUGGUUUUGGAUAUGGCAUUAUACAUGCUGGUGGCAUGGGGAAGUACCUCAGUGACUGGAUCCUUGAGGGGGAACCUCCAUUUGACCUGAUAGAAGUAGAUCCAAACCGCUAUGGAAAGUGGACCACUACAGAGUACACAGCAGCCAAAGCAAGAGAAUCCUAUGGCUUCAAUAACAUUGUUGGUUACCCUAAAGAAGAAAGAUUUGCUGGGAGACCAACAGAGAGAACCAGUGGGCUGUAUGACUUGCUAAAGUCAAGAUGUUCAAUGGGAUUCCAUGCAGGAUGGGAGCAACCUCAUUGGUUCUACAAACCUGGAGAUGAGACUGGAUACAAACCCAGCUUUCGGCGCACAAAUUGGUUUGAGCCUGUGGGUCGUGAGUACAAACAGGUUAUGGAAAAAGUUGGUGUGAUUGACCUGUCACCAUUUGGCAAGUUUAAAGUAAAAGGCACAGAUUCUGUUAAGCUGCUUGAUCAUCUAUUUGCAAAUGUUGUUCCAAAGGUGGGUUCCACAAAUAUAAGCCAUAUGUUAACACCAAGAGGAAAAGUUUAUGCUGAGCUAACCGUCUCUCAGCUGUAUCCUGGAGAAUUCAUGCUCAUAACUGGGUCAGGGUCAGAACUCCAUGAUCUGAGAUGGAUAGAAGAGAAAAUAACAACAGGUGGAUACAAAGUUGAAAUAGAAAACAUGACAGAUGAAAUGGGAGUACUUAGUGUAGCAGGUCCAUAUGCACGACAGGUCCUCCAGAAGUUGACAAAUGAAGACCUAAGUCAUGCUUCAUUUAAGUUUCUCCAGUGUAGACACCUGAAACUUUCCAAUAUUCCUGUUACUGCCAUUAGGAUAUCUUACACAGGUGAAUUGGGCUGGGAGCUCUACCACAGAAAACAAGAUUCUGUACCUCUUUACAGUGCAAUCAUGGAAGCUGGCCAAAAAGAGGGAAUUGAUGACUUUGGAACAUAUGCUCUAAAUACUUUGAGACUGGAAAAGGGUUUCCGAGCCUGGGGAGCAGAGAUGAACUGUGACACUAAUCCCUUGGAAGCUGGACUGGAGUAUUUUGUAAAGCUAAACAAGGCAGCAGACUUUACAGGAAAACAAGCACUGAAGCAGAUUAAAGAAGAGGGGCUCAAACGACGACUGGUGUAUCUCACCCUGGACACAGAUAAUGUUGAUCCAGAGGGAAAUGAGAGCGUGUGGCACAAUGGCAAGGUUAUUGGCAAUACCACAUCUGGAUGUUUCAGUUAUGGAGCUCAGCAGAGUCUAGCUUUUGCAUAUGUUCCCAUGGAACUCAGCAAAGUUGGACAGAAAUUGGAAGUUGAACUUCUCGGUAAAAAUUACCCAGCAACCAUUAUCCAGGAGCCACUGGUGCUGACUGAACCAACAAGAAUGCGCCUUCAGAGAAAGGGUGAAAGUCCCAAAAUGUAAACACUGAUGAGGAGACAGCAAAUUGUGCAGUAGGAGAUAGUACCUAUAGUAUUAUGCAUACAAUUCAGAGAAUGAAACUACUCAGAUUUUCUAAUUACUAAACACAAGUCCUUCACUGCCACACGAGUGAGAAAUUCCAUGGCCUGACGUCCUACUUCCCUAGAUGUGCUGUUCACACCAGAGAGCUGAGCAGAGUGCACGAGCUGCUGUGUGUUCUGCUUCCCAGGGCACUGUGAGCAGAGUGGCAGGGAAUGAGUACAUCAUCGAUUCAGCUUGCUCCCACAUUGGCUGGCAGAUCUGCAUUAAUCUGUACGAGAAAUUGCUCUUGAUUCUGUCCAAUAGGAAAUUCCUCCCUCACACUCACAGUUCCUCCUUUGCCUGCCCUUGAGGUAAGGAAGCUUAUCCUGCCUUCUUUACACAUGAA